AUGCAGAGUCUCAUAUCCUGCAGUAGAUGUUUAGAAGGACGAACUGUUGUGCAAAUGAGGAGCUGGUUGCACACGCAAAGAAAAAAAAUGUUGAUAAAUAAUUCCAGUAAAUCCAGUGAGAGAGAACAAAAAGAACUGAGCAAAACAUACUCAGAGCCGACUCGCUCAGAAAUAUCAUCAGAGCUGACAAGCGAUCAAGGUGGAGGCGAAUGUCAAAGCAGUCAAAAAGAACAAUCAUCAGCACAAGAAGUGCCAUCAACACUUAAGGUGACCAACCUCACAUUACCCACUUCUCACAAACAGGAUACCGAAAUCCUUGAGGCUCUGAAGCUAUAUCCCAGUACCCCGUCAUCGAAAACGAUCUUUUCCAAGCAGAUACCUCCACCACCACCCCCUCCACCACCACCCUCUCCACCACUACCCCCUCCACCACCAUCAACACCACCUCAAUCACGUUUGAAUCUUCAAGAAAAUAUCUCAGCCAUUCAGAAUGAUAAUGAAGAUGAUAACGAUAAUGAAACUGGUGUACUGAUUGAAAAUGAACGAGAAGAAGAGUCAUCCAAUACUCCAUUGAUGAAUGAUGAGAUCGUAAAGCACAGAUUAAUGAAUCCUUCGAUGCCAGCUGCAGUCACGAAUUUCCAGGCUCCUCAGUGUAUAAUACCUGAACUCCAGGUGCCAGCUAUUGAGACCACCAAGUUCCAGUCUUUACCUCUACCUCCUAUCAGUGACAAUGAAGGCAAUAGUGCCAUGAUUUCAGAGAAUAUUCACAACAGUACUGGGAAAAAAAUCGUGUCAACACUUGUCGAGAUUGCCAAGACGGCAUUACUCACCCAUCAUGUUAAUGAGGAUCCAAGCACUCAUAGAUCUGAGAUCAAAACAUCACAACAGGAAUACCCAGGAGCCAAGGCACCACAACAUCCCGUUGAGGCACUGGAUUCGAAGGAAAUUGAGGACAAAGAAAGCUCU